AUUUCUGUCGCUGCGAAUGACACAUUUCUACGGAUGUGUUUUUUUUGUUUAGUGUGCCCUUUAUCAAACGCCUUUUGGCUAAUGGUCCGCAGUCCGGUGGCGUUAUCAGGAAUUUGACGAGGCCGAUGCGUCACCCGUGCGUGGGCAGCAUCUGGACACCAUGAACUACUCCUAUUCAGCGCUGUCGCCUGGGGGCGGAGGAUUCGGUGGCGUCGACCAGCACAACCGAUGUUGCGGGAACAGGGCUUGGUGCGUCAAGGACAUCUGCGGCAUUGUCUGCGUGGUAAUGACCUGGCUUCUCAUCCUAUUUGCGGAGUUCGUGGUCAUGCGUCUAAUUCUUCUGCCCAGCAACUACGCGGUCUUCAGCACCAUCAACAUGAUAAUAUUCCAGGCACUAGCCUUUCUUGCAUUUGCCUCGCACAUACGCACAAUGUUGUCGGAUCCGGGCGCAGUACCUCGAGGAAAUGCCACUAAGGAGAUGAUAGAGCAAAUGGGCUAUCGUGAGGGUCAGAUGUUCUACAAGUGCCCUAAGUGUUGCAGUAUCAAGCCGGAGCGAGCUCAUCACUGCUCCGUUUGCCAACGAUGCAUUCGUAAGAUGGACCACCACUGUCCGUGGGUCAACAAUUGCGUGGGCGAGAAUAAUCAAAAGUACUUUGUGCUCUUUACCUUUUACAUAGCUUCGAUCUCUGUGCACACACUCUUCCUGGUGCUCACCCAGUUCGCGGAGUGCGUAAAAAACGACUGGCGCACCUGCUCGCCGUACUCUCCGCCGGCCACUAUUUUCCUGUUGCUCUUUCUCACCUUCGAGGGCCUCAUGUUCGGUAUAUUUACCAUAAUCAUGCUGGCCACUCAGCUGACGGCCAUCCUAAACGAUCAGACGGGCAUCGAGCAGCUGAAGAAAGAGGAGGCCCGCUGGGCCAAAAAAUCGCGCCUCAAGAGCAUCCAGUCGGUGUUCGGACGCUUUUCGCUGGCUUGGUUUUCGCCAUUCACGGAACCGUCUUGUCGCACAAGAUUCAACUCGCACUUCUACUCGGUCUGAGAAAAGGAACCGGAAUAUGGAUUAACUUAAUCGAACAAUACUAACUAACAAACGUACAAGGGCAACAAGUUGCCGCCACUUGUUGCACCGCUGAGUGCAAUUUUGUAUUUUGCAAUUGCUAUUUUUCGAUCAAUUGUCAACUAUAUUUACUACCAAUCAUAUGUGUGUGUGUUAAGGCCCAAGCAAAAGGAUAAAUGUUUAUUGCCUUAGCCAGGUGGAGAUUUGUACUUACCUGAGAGACCUACUAAA